AUGACCGACCACGAGCUCGAGCUGGACGAACGCCGAGCGUCCCGGCAGCCGCUGCUGGAGCUGCACGACGGUAGUGACGACGAACAGGACGCCACACGUCGGAAGAAGCAGAAGACGCCGUGGUAUCGAAGUCGUCUCUUUACUGUACCAAGCGCCGUGCUGCUGCUCUUGAGCCUCACGUACGUUGUCGUUUCGAGCCAAAUCCUGCGAGUGGCCACACAGACCAUUCGAGACACGACGAUGCACAUGGAAAGUAUGGAUCUGAGCCAUCCAGCGGCGACAUCGGUGAUGCUGAAUCUGAGUCUGAGUCUCGUGGCGACGUCCCCGUUCCCAGCAACGAUAGACGCUGCGAUGUUUGCGAUUGCGUACGAGCACGUCACAGUUGGCGGCUUCCAGGCGCCUUCAAUGAACGUCCGUCGUGGUGUGAACGAUCAGGUAUUUCCUAACGCAACGCUCGGAAUUCAGAACAAGAAGGCGUGGGAUCACUUUGCAGGGGACAUGAUGAGGCUUGCUCAGGUUCAGUUCGAGAUCAAAAGCUCGCUGACCAUUCACGUGCAACUGCUGGGAUCGUUCGUAACUUGGAGUGUCUCGGGCGUUCCGUUGCAUAAGACGAUGAUGUUCAAAGGGAUGAACGGACUGCAGGACAUGCAGAUUGCUCAUGUAGACAUGGAAUACUCGACGCAAAAACAGGUGGUAGCGACCAUCAAGACGUGCGUUCGCAAUCCGUCGAUCGCGACGAUCCGACCAGUAGGGGCGCUAUGUCUCAACGCCCACUAUCCAGAAUUUGGAGAAGGCACGUUGGUAGCGCACAUGAAGACGGCAGCGGACACGGGAUUGUCGGUGGCUGACGAGCAACCAUCUCACCCGUUCUGUGCAUCAUUGCAGGGAACAAAAGACAUGCGCAAGGGGUAUAAUUUGCUGGUAUUGCAAGGCGAAAUGCUGGGUGCAAACUCGGAUGCGAUCAGUGGACUAAUUACCAAAUAUUUGAGCAACGUGUCGGCAGCACUUACGGUUGUGACGUGCGACCCUCAGGCGACUUCGGUGGAGCUGUAUAACCAAGCAAUGAAGAAUUUGACGAUCAGGAGCUCGUUGCCGCCGCAGAAAAGCCCGCUUGUUGGGAAUAUGUUUUUCCAUGGCAUCUCCAUGCAUGCCCCACCAAAAAACAAGGAAAACGAUAUCAUACAGCUUGAUACUGCUGUCGCUGUAGAGGCGGCCAGCCCAUUGGGGCUCCAUUCAGCACUGACUAUUACAGAUGUGCGUAUGAACGUGAAUCUCACGAGCGCGGACGAGACUCUAGGAAUACUGUCAACCACGUCUGUCGAUAUUAUCGAUGGAAAACUGGUAGGCCGAAGAAACAUAUCAGUCGAUUGUCGGACGGAGCUCUACUUUGCUGAUGGGGGAAUAGCUUUUGGCAGGUUUGUUCGGGCAUCUGUCGUCGAGGAGAAAAUUUCGUUGACUCUCGCUGGAAGCAUGGACGUGGUGUGUCAUGGAGCUUUAGGUACGCUCAAGCUGGCGGGCUUGCCUCUCAAGACCACUGCUCUCUUGCACGGAAUGGACAACUUUCAGGAUGUAACAAUCAAGAGCUUCAGCCUGCCGGGGACGAGUGCCACGACAGCAGACGAAGAACCAAUCUUGACACAGGUUGAGAUCGUCAACCCGUCCGUUUUCACAGUUUCCAUCGGCACACUCACGAUGGACUUGAGCUUAAGCACACCACGAGAGAAAUUUGGGGUACUCCACGGUACGAUGAAUCUGGUCCCCGGGAGGAACAAGCUGAAAUUGAAUGGUCUGUUGAAGCCGAACAAAGACGAAGCCGGUCAAGUCAGUGAUGCCGUGGCCGACUUUUUCUCUACUUACCUCAACGGAAACAGCUCGCAAGUCGUUGUUACGAUUACGCACACGCACUACGCAAGCUGUAUCUGGAUGCAAGAGGCGCUGGUGGGAUUGACAAUUGCAACUAGCUUUCCAGGAGUCGAUGAAGGCUUCCAGAUGAUCUCGGAUAUUGGAAUAAAGCAGCUUGAUGUUAUCUUGGACGAGCUCUUGCCUGGCGAGGGACAACUGGUAACCAAUACGCGUAUGCAAGUCCGCACGGACAUGGUGGCGAAGGUGAAGAUGCCAGAAGCCGUUAAGAUUUCCUUGCAGAUUUCGAACUCGUCGGUCGCAAUCACUCUCCAAAACGAAAACGGGCAUUGUAUUGGCUCGUUGGUAUCGGGUCGAGAAAGUUGCCAAUACAACCAAACGGAAGAUGGAGCAUUCCGGUUGAAUAUGAGCCACUUUUAUCCGAUUGGUUUUAGCAACCUCGGUGACGUCAGUGGAAUGUCUGGAUUCAUCGAAGAUUUGCUUACGAAAAAUGGAAGUGUCAUGAUGCGAUUGGCAAGUAGUAUCGCUUCUGCCCAAGGAGCGUUCCCCGAUGUUGAGACAAAAAUGGGCAUACUCGCACUUCGCAAUAUUCCAGUUCGGGGCGAGCCGCUCCUCCCGGCAAUGGAUUCUUUUCGCCACCCGCCGGUCAAGGUCCUCAAUAUCGACAUUCGCCGAGGGUCGAAGCUGUCGAUGGUGAUGUCGAUGAAAUUCUCUCUGUACAACCCCUCGAUAGUGCAAACAAAGUUGGGCUCACUGACGCUCGAUGUCUUUUUCGAUGGAGCACGAAUGGGUUCUGCGAAAAUUUCAGAUUUCAGUCUGAACUGCUGUGGCAAACCGACGAUUCUCCACGGUAUUUUUGUGUACAAUCCGCAGCCAAACGAUUCCACAACUGCAAAGAGAUUCUUGUCGAAUUUUGUCUGCGGUUACUUCACACACGGAGCUGCCCAGGAGAUUGAUAUCAGAGGAUCAUCUGAAAGCACGCCGCUGGAUUUGCUGAAGCCAGCAAUGAAGGCACUCUCGAUUCCGUCGAAGCUGCCUACUUUGGCGGAGCUGUUCCCGUUGACGCCAACUCUCGUCACAUCGUCGUUGUUGUACAUUCCGUCAAUCUUGCACCUAACACGGAUUCCGACAUCUCUUGAGCUACGGAACCCGUUCAGUGAGCACAUUACGUUGACAACAGUGGACCUGGAGCUGUAUCCGUGCGAAGACCAGGUUAUGGGCAAUGACGGCAGAAUGGUGUGCAAAAAGUACUUUGACGACUCGCUCGCUCGAUUUGCUCCUGCACUAUUUGAGCCGAUCUAUAUCCCUGCAAACACGGAUAGCUGCUUCUCCUGCUGUCAGGGCUCACACUGCGCCGAUCAUGUGAUGCUGUGUCCACGUGCAUCGGUUGGUAAAUGUUUGAGUGCUGACGUACAGAGCUUCUUGAGUCCGGAGGCUAUUGCGACUGUCAUUCACUCGCUGACAGGCGGAUUGCUGAUGAGAGUAAACGGCACAGUAGGAGCAUCAAUCGGUAGCUACGCUACGCACCUGUUUUACCAGCAAGAUGAUCUUUUCGUCGCGAUGGCCAAGUAG